ACCUGGCAUAUGGAGAUUCCCAGGCUAGGAGUCAUAUCGGAGCUGCAGCUGCCAGCCUACGCCAUAGCCACAGCAAAGUGGGAUCUGAGCUGAGUCUGCAACUUACACCACAGCUCAUGGUGACGCCAGGUCCUUAACCCACUGAAUGAGGUCAAGGAUUGAACCCACAUCCUCAUGGAUACUAGUCAGGUUCAUUACUGCUGUGCCACAACCGGAACUCCUAAAUGCUUACUUUUUAUUACAACUUCUAUCAAAACAUGUAUCACUUUAUUUUGUGAUUGUUUGUAUGCCUAAUUUUGUCUCCAAACUUUAUAAGUUAGGGAGCAGAAACUAUGUCUUAUAUCUCUAGCACAUAACUUAGUGCCUGGUACAUCGAUUGAAUUGAUUUAGAGGUCAGACUGUUCUUCUCAUACUUAGGCCCUGUUAUUACCUUCCUGUGGACAGUAGUAGCAAAGAGAGGCUGAAGAAGGAAGUGCCCUUGAAUUAGGCCACCUGGUUCUGUGGGUUGGUUCAUUCUGGCUCCUAGCAUCAUGUUGGGUUCUGAGCAAAGUAACUGGUUAAUCCUCUGGGCAUCACAUUGAGCUCUGUCUCCUGUUUCAAAACCUAAGUAUCCAGAUGACUGAGUAGGGUUUGUGUCAUUAGGGAACCCAUGUCUCUAGGAGAUAAUUCUUAAGUCUAGAGUUCAUCUGGAGGCAGUGGCUACCAAUUCAGAAGAAGGUCUAGAGGAUUUUGUUUGUUUAAUGUGGAAGCAAGCAUCUUUAUUUGAGGCUGGGAGGAGUUGCUAUGGCAGCUCUAGCUGGAAAUUUCCUAUGUGUCACCAAUGUAGGAAACCAGGCAGCUCUGCCUUUCGUCCUUCCGGACACCAUAGGAAAGGGCUCCGAACACAGUGGCUGUGCCACUUACCCCCUGUGUGGCUCACCAGCCAGUGUUGUAGGCACCUCACUCUUGGAGGAGACCCUGGUGAGACUGUCCAUGAAGUUAUGCUAAGCCUAUCUGGAUUACUGAUUCAAGGGCUGAAGCAAAUAGGCCCAGAGUUAACCUGACCUGUACUGAUGAAAUAGCGGGAGAGUCAGCUUCAUUUGUUCCUGAGAAACAGCCUCUACCGGACCAAAGUGUUACUGGCCUUGGAGGAUCUGGCAAUGAGUUCUGGGCAUCACUAUCAUAGAAAGGAAAGGCUUGUCUUCUGUAGCUAUUUUUCCCUUCUUCAUGCUUUCAGGCUGCCUAAGGGAGGAUGGCAAGCCACCUGUUAUCUGAAUGAAAUGUUGGGGGGGUACGUGUUUUGCUCUCCCCUUUAAUUACCUUAAAAAGAAAACUUCUAGAAGAAAGGACUAACAAAGAGGACACUGAAGGCUUUCCCCUUGUGGCCAGUGGUAAUGAACCCAACUAGUAUCCAUGAGGAUGCGGAUUCAAUCCCUAACACCCCCCACCCCCAGUGGGUUAAGGAUCUGGUAUUGCCAUGAGCUGUGGUGUAGGUUGCAGACUCGGCUCAGAUCAGAGCACUUGGCUUGGAUCUUGUUGUGGCUCUGGCGUAGGCUGGCAGCUGCAACUCCAAUUUGACCCCUAGCCUGGGAACUUCCAUAUGCCAUGGGUGUGGCCAUUAAAAAAAAAAGAAGAAUGACACUGUAAUGGUAGGGUUCUAGACACAGCUGCAGACUGUUAGAAGAGACUGGGAAAGGUAGAGGUCUGGGGCUAGGAUAGAAGACAUGGUUCACUCAAAUCAAAUGAUUUAGGCAAUUGCACACUUAGCUUAGAUAUUGGUUUCCCUGCUUCAUUGUCUCAGGGAUAUGUCAGUAUUAAUAACAACACUGCAGUGCUUUACAGUUCAAUAAUUACCAGUUUCUCAUUUUAGCUUUAUAACAUUCUUGUGACUAUCUCCCCCACUUUACCGACAAGGAAACUAAGAGGUCACGUUUUUAAUCCAAGGUCACUGGUGAAGCAAGACCCAAAGUUAAGUCUCUGGGUUCUCAGUCUAGUAAGUGGCAUUUGCUGGUGGCUUUAUGUGGUCAUACACAGCGCUUCCAUUUUGGUUUAGUAAGCAGUCUUUCUUCUUUGAGACAGACUAAUUAACUCUAGUCUACCAGGAUAGCGAUGUUGUUCAAAGCUGGUACCAGGUGAGACAAGAAAGGGAGACAAGAAAGGGGUGGCUUUGGAAAUAUUGAUUUUGUACUUGUGGGAGGAGCAAAAGAAAUGGAUGAGUCAUUCCUAGAAUUGGAGGCUUUGCUGUCUAGGCAGCUGGGCAGUAAGCCCAAGCCCCAGGAGUUGUGGUUCUUCACGUAGAGCAUCCUUUCUCCUCCCUCCUCCCCUCACCCUCCACCACUCACACACACACACAACUAGACUGAUUUGGUCACAUUAGGAGUAUGUCUGAUCCUGUUCCCUUGAAACAUUGGAGUAAAGUAUUAAUGCCUAAAAAAUAAUAAUUGGGCCUGUCUCAUGCCUCACAGAAUGGGUAGAGUUCUUAGAAGAGGAAUUUCGAGGUGAAGUAGAGUUUUUACAUGCGCUAGAGGGAAGAAGGGAAGAAAUGAAUUGGGAAUUAAUCUAAUGUCUGUCUCUUGAUUCUUGGCCUAGUUAUUUCCAGUAAAAGGGGUCAGCUUCAUCUUUAUCUCAAGUCUUGUGACUCAUUCUUCUGGUUCUUCCUAGUCUAGAGAAACACAGUGCUUUUAACUUUCAGACCCACAGGCUAUAGUUGGUAGCUUUUCCUGAAAAUGAGUUGCAAUGGGAACAGUCAACGUGUGUACUUCACAGGCAAUUUUUGUCUUUUAGGGUUAACUUGAGUACUGGGAAAAGAAGCAGGGGUUUAGAAGAUUCAGAAAUCUAGGUCACAUCUAGAAAUUGAAGAAAUCAUCUCUGGUUGAAGAACAUGAAGGGUAGCCUAUAUCCUACCAUUUUACCCCUCGUGGGGUGACCCAGCAGAGCCAGAGAGUAUUGGCAGUCCUAUGUGUUCCUGGGCUCUCUGCUUCACCCUUUGUACUGUAUACUCUGCUCCUUCCCUACAUUCUGCAUGUUCCCAGUAAAAAGGGAGUGAUUUCCCACCUCAAAUAAAGUAGCAGUCAUUUCUACUUCUGUAGUACAGUCACUAGUAGCAUAGGGAGCAGGGGCAAGACUGGUAGUGGGUCUUUUUACACCUUUUUGGAGAACAGCAAAGUACCCUCUAGCCCUCUGUAACAUAACCAACUCCCCACCUGCCCCAUAUAUCAUUCUCUCCAGGCCCAUCAGAGCACUAGAGCAACCCUUCAAAAAUCCAGCAGUGGACAGUGCUAGGAAAUCACUUUGCCCUCAUGGUCCUUUCUCCAAGUAAAGGGUUGCUGUCACUAAACAAAGGGAAAACAUUUUGCACUAUAAGCACAGGCAGGAGCAAACCUUUGAGUAGUUGAUUCUUCAUCAGAACAAUAAACUGGGGGGAAAAAAAACAGAAAGAAAGAAACAUUUGUAUGUCUUGUCUUUUACUGUGUAUGUGAUUUGAGCUUUGGUGGUUAAGCAUCUAUUUGUUCAUUCCUGAGCCGUACCCUCAUGUUGAAUUUGUAAAGGUUCAGUCAUUGACCUCACCCCACCUAUUUCCCAGGAGUUUGUCUCAAUCAUGUUACCUUUAGGUACUUGCUCAGAACACCAGGACUUGAUUUGAUCUUACAUCAAAACUGAUGGGAUGCCAAGGAGAGAAAACUGACUGCCUAUAACCUUUAACGCUAGCAUUGGAAGGCAGGUCAUAAUUGACUCCUACCGUCAUAGUAGGUACUGUUCUUAUUCUUGCUUGACAGCUUGAUUCAUAUUAAAGUUACCGUGCUGCUUUUUGACCUGAGUGCACUAUUUUCCUUUUUCACUAGCUGCAGGAUAAGAGUCAAACCAGGAUCCAGGGACAUGUGCCAGGUUUGGAGACCACACAUGAGACCAUUCCAGGCAGCACUGUGGGCCAAGCCUAAGGCAUCAGCGAGCAAUAAUUGCUAAAAAUAGACUGAAAAGAGCAGGUCAGGGUAUUGGCUUCUCACAUAAUCUCUAUUAACCGCCCUGACCAGAAACAAGAGGAAGAAGGCAAGAAUCCCUCAGACCCAGAGGGAGAAAAUGAAGCGAUUGUUGCAAGAGUCAGAGGAAGAAAUCAUGGUCACUUUGGGACCUUCUUCCAGGCUUUCCCCAGAUAAGGCUAAGGCAGAAACUCUUUGUGGCAUCAAGAGCAAGUCCUCAGGCCCUGCUGGAUCCUUACCAGAGGACAACUUCCUGCCCUCAAGCUGUGGGUCAGUAGCCUCAGCCAUUGAUGGGGGUAGAGAUGGGGGCCUGGCCCAAUGUUGUAGCUUUGGGCAGCAGGCCAGUAGCCAGCUUCCUUUGGGCUCCACUGCUUGUGUUUCAGGGUCUGGCUCUCAAGACCUCCCAUUUGCCAGCAAUACCACAAGCUGUCAAGAGCCCUCAGACAGGGAUCAAGCCAAGCCCCUUAUGUACAGAGGCCCUGGCCAAGGCUGCAGCCGUGAACAGCGAGAACCUUUGGGGGAUGUAGUGGACUAUAUCAUCAGAGAGCUGCAAGGUAUCAGCCGUCUCCAAACUGAGAUUGCUGAGUUGCAGCAGCACUUGAGCCAAGUCCGGGGUUCAGUGGAUGAAGUCUCUAGUUGUGUAGACUCAGUUCUGAGUGAAAUAGAAGGCUUGCAGGUGGGCAGCAGCUCCCUGGCCAAGGUGUGUGUGGGAGGAAAGGCCCAGGAACCCCAUGUGGACAGACCAAGCGAGGAAGCCAUCCUGUAUCUGUAUGGACUUCCUGAGCAAGAUGGGGAAAAUACAAUGGAGCUGGUGCAUAGCUUCCUGGCCAAGCACCUCUGUGUUAAUGGCAUACAGUGCAGCAGGCACAUUAAAGAGGCUUACAGGGCGGGCAAAACCCCAGCGCCCAGGCCUACUGUUGUGAAGCUUGCAAAUCUAGAGCACAGAGACCUCAUAUUGCAAAAGUCCAUCCUCUUGCAGAGUUUGGGGGUCCGGAUUGCCACAAGAGAAGAACCAAGCCAACCACAGUGCUAUAAGAAUCCCCAAAAGGAAUCUCUAUCAUUUUUGGAACAAAAGCUUCAGGAUCAUAAUUCAAAUUCUUUAAAUCUGGAUGAACCAGUUUUUCAGGUGGAAACAGGGGACAGAGGACCGCUAACAGAAGCAUAUCAAAUGAGGGCUCAGAAUCAACACAGAGACCCCCAGACCCCUGAACAGCAAGGCCUUUGCUUCCUACCCAAGAACAAUUUAGCAAAGCCAAAUGAUAAGUCUAAGCCAGGGGACGAAGUUCAAGGGACAUCAGGAACAUCCCAAGUUAUCAGUGGCACCUAUGGCGAAUUGACAGGGAGAGAGGCUUCUCUGUCCAAGCUCCAUCAAUUUGAGGAACCUUCCCUAGUGUUACUCUCAAAAGAGGAGAAUUCUGGGAAAUCUCAGGUUUUUAACCAGUGCAACCAAGGACUUGAAGCAUGUAAAGUAGCAAGAAUAGAAAACAACUGCAGUGACAGAAGUGAGGCCAGCAGUUGCCUAUCAUUGUCUGGGUUGCUGAAGACAGAGGACAAACUCUUGGCCUGUGAAGCCGGGCUUGAUAUUCUGAGCACAAAGCAGUUAGAGGACCUUUUAACAGAUAAGUCCAGAAGGUUUGCAACUCUGAGCUGUGAUAGCAUGAUGGAGGAAAUUAUCAUAGGGCCUGAGACUUUCAGUGACAUGGUUCAUAUUGACUUGAAUGAAGAGGAGGAAUGUGCUGCUCAGGUUCUUAAAGAUGUCUUUGAAAAGUCCUCUUGUCUGGGUGGCUCACAGGAGGAUGAAGAUGUAGAAAUCAAGUUUUACCGCAGUAAACUGGGCCGAGCAAUUCACCACUUUCGUUCAGCUUUGCAGGGUGUUUUUCAGAAGCUGGAAAAUAGUGGGUCCAUCACUCCUGAGGACCUGGAAAGCAUUGAGAGUGGAUCCCAGUCAGAGAACAGUGAAAGACUUCUUGGGACAGUGAGCUCAGGGGGAGCUCAGGAUCUCUCAGUGGAGAGCCCUGGGAGUCAGGAGAGUGAGAGCUUGCUCAGCGUGGUCUCUGGUGGAGUGGGCAUCUCCGUACAGGGAGACCAGACCUCGCAGGAUCCCAGCAACAUCUCUCUGGCUUCUCAUAACUUGCCUCUUGCAUAUUCAUUGCCAGGUUUUGCCCUGGCUCCAUGUCUGGGAAGUGAAACUUGUUCCAGGCCUGAAUCCCCCAAACAGGGGAGACUAAGCCUAGAGCAAGUGUGUGCAGAGACCAUCUACCUCAACAAAUGCAUCGACAAUUUUAAAAAUGUUCUAAAAGAGAAAAGAUUGAGGCAGAAAAAACUUUUGCACGAGCUAGUACAGAAGACAGACCAUCUCUCAGUAGAAGACAUGCACCCAGAAGAAAAGCGAGGAGCCCUUCAGAUUCCAGAUGAUGGUGACCCCUCUUUGCCUCAGUGGCUCCCAGAAGGGCCAGCUGGAGGGCUCUAUGGCAUUGAUAGCAUGCCAGAUCUACGCAGGAAGAAGCCACUGCCACUUGUCAGCGAUCUGGCUAUGUCAUUGGUCCAGUCCCGGAAGGCAGGGAUUACUUCUGCAAUGGCUACACGUACCUCUCUCAAGGAUGAAGAGCUGAAAUCCCAUGUGUAUAAGAAAACCCUGCAGGCCUUAAUCUAUCCCAUCUCAUGCACCACACCCCACAACUUUGAAGUCUGGACAGCCACUACCCCGACCUACUGCUAUGAGUGUGAAGGCCUGCUCUGGGGUAUUGCCCGGCAGGGCAUGCGCUGCAGCGAAUGUGGAGUCAAGUGCCAUGAGAAGUGCCAGGACCUGCUCAAUGCCGACUGCCUGCAGCGGGCUGCAGAAAAGAGCUCUAAACAUGGCGCUGAGGACCGGACCCAGAACAUUAUCAUGGCCAUGAAGGACCGCAUGAAGAUCCGAGAGCGGAAUAAACCAGAGAUCUUUGAAGUCAUCCGGGAUGUCUUCAGUGUGAGCAAAGUUGCCCAUGUGCAACAGAUGAAAACAGUGAAGCAGAGUGUGCUGGAUGGCACCUCCAAAUGGUCGGCCAAGAUUACCAUCACUGUGGUGUGUGCCCAGGGCCUGCAGGCCAAGGACAAGACAGGAUCCAGUGACCCUUAUGUGACUGUGCAAGUGGGCAAAACCAAGAAGCGUACCAAGACCAUUUUUGGGAACCUAAAUCCUGUUUGGGAGGAGAAGUUCCAUUUUGAAUGCCACAACUCUUCCGACCGCAUUAAGGUACGUGUGUGGGAUGAGGAUGAUGACAUCAAGUCAAGAGUAAAGCAACGGCUAAAGCGAGAGUCUGAUGAUUUCCUUGGCCAAACCAUCAUCGAGGUUCGAACACUGAGUGGCGAGAUGGACGUCUGGUACAACUUGGAGAAGAGGACAGACAAAUCAGCCGUCUCAGGGGCUAUCCGACUGCAAAUCAAUGUGGAGAUCAAAGGGGAGGAGAAGGUAGCCCCGUAUCAUGUCCAGUAUACAUGUCUCCAUGAGAACCUCUUCCAUUACCUCACAGACAUUCAGGGCAGUGGAGGAGUCCAGAUCCCUGAGGCUCGAGGAGAUGAUGCAUGGAAAGUGUACUUUGAUGAGACUGCCCAAGAAAUUGUGGAUGAAUUUGCCAUGCGCUAUGGCAUCGAGUCUAUAUAUCAGGCCAUGACGCACUUUGCAUGUUUGUCCUCCAAGUACAUGUGUCCUGGUGUGCCAGCAGUGAUGAGCACCUUACUGGCUAACAUCAAUGCCUACUACGCCCAUACAACCGCCUCCACCAAUGUCUCUGCAUCUGAUCGCUUUGCAGCCUCCAACUUUGGGAAAGAGAGAUUUGUAAAACUACUGGACCAGCUGCACAACUCACUGAGGAUUGACCUCUCUACAUACAGGAAUAAUUUCCCUGCUGGAAGCCCUGAGCGGCUUCAGGACUUAAAAUCCACGGUGGAUUUGCUCACCAGCAUUACUUUCUUCAGAAUGAAGGUGCAAGAACUACAGAGCCCUCCUCGAGCCAGCCAGGUGGUAAAGGAUUGUGUGAAGGCCUGUUUGAACUCAACAUAUGAGUAUAUCUUCAACAACUGCCAUGACUUGUACAGCCGCCAGUACCAGCUGAAUCAGGAGUUACCUCUGGAGGAACAAGGGCCCAGCAUUCGGAACCUGGAUUUCUGGCCCAAACUCAUCACACUCAUUGUAUCAAUCAUAGAGGAAGAUAAGAAUUCCUACACGCUUGUUCUGAAUCAGUUUCCUCAGGAGUUGAAUGUGGGAAAAGUCAGCGCAGAAGUGAUGUGGCAACUCUUUGCCCAAGACAUGAAAUAUGCACUGGAGGAGCAUGAGAAAGACCGGCUAUGUAAGAGCGCCGACUACAUGAACCUGCACUUCAAGGUGAAGUGGCUCCACAAUGAAUAUGUGCGGGAUCUACCUGCUCUCCAGGGGCAGGUGCCUGAGUACCCAGCGUGGUUUGAGCAGUUUGUCCUGCAAUGGCUGGAUGAGAAUGAGGAUGUGUCUCUGGAAUUUCUUCGUGGGGCCUUGGAACGUGAUAAGAAGGAUGGGUUCCAGCAGACAUCAGAGCAUGCACUCUUUUCCUGCUCGGUGGUGGACGUCUUCACACAGCUCAAUCAAAGCUUUGAGAUCAUCCGGAAGCUGGAAUGCCCAGACCCCAACAUCCUUGCCCACUACAUGAGGAGAUUUGCUAAGACCAUUGGGAAGGUGCUGAUGGAAUAUGCAGACAUCUUAUCAAAGAACUUCCCAGCUUAUUGCACAAAGGAGAAAAUGCCUUGCAUCCUGAUGAACAACAUGCAGCAACUGAGGGUCCAGCUGGAGAAAAUGUUUGAGGCCAUGGGUGGCAAGGAGCUGGACUCGGAAGCUGCAGACAGUCUGAAAGAGCUGCAGGUGAAACUGAAUACAGUUCUGGAUGAGCUCAGCAUGGUGUUUGGAAACAGUUUCCAGGUGCGGAUUGAUGAGUGUGUUCGACAAAUGGCUGACAUCCUGGGCCAGGUGCGAGGCCCAGGAAAUGCAUCGCCCAACACCCGGGCCUCAGUGACUCAGGAUGCAGACAGUGUGCUCCGGCCUCUCAUGGACUUCCUGGAUGGCAACCUCACACUAUUUGCUGCUGUGUGUGAGAAGACGGUUCUGAAGCGUGUCCUGAAGGAGCUCUGGCGGGUGGUAAUGAACACAAUGGAAAGGAUGAUUGUCCUGCCACCACUUACUGAUCAGACGGGCACCCAACUGAUCUUCACUGCUGCCAAGGAACUGAGCCAUCUUUCAAAACUCAAGGACCACAUGGUGCGAGAGGAAACACGAAAUCUCACCCCAAAGCAGUGUGCCAUCCUUGACCUCGCUCUGGACACCAUCAAGCAAUACUUCCAUGCCGGAGGCAAUGGGCUGAAGAAAACCUUCCUGGAGAAGAGCCCAGAUCUGCAGUCCCUGCGUUAUGCCCUGUCUCUGUACACACAGACCACAGACACACUCAUCAAGACCUUUGUGCGCUCACAAACAGCCCAGGUGCAUGAUGGGAAAGGUAUUAGGUUUACUGCUAAUGAGGACAUUCAGCCGGAAAAGGGGUCUGGUGUGGAUGAUCCUGUGGGAGAAGUCUCCAUUCAGGUGGACUUGUUUACACAUCCUGGCACAGGAGAGCACAAGGUCACAGUGAAAGUGGUGGCUGCCAAUGACCUCAAGUGGCAGACAGCAGGUAUGUUCCGGCCCUUCGUGGAAGUAACCAUGGUUGGCCCUCACCAAAGUGAUAAGAAGAGGAAGUUCACAACCAAGUCUAAAAGCAACAACUGGGCUCCCAAGUACAAUGAGACAUUCACUUCCUCCUGGGAAAUGAAGAGGGACCAGAAGCCUAUGAGUUGCAAAUAUGUGUGAAGGACUACUGCUUUGCCCGGGAGGAUCGUGUUCUGGGGCUGGCUGUGAUGCCUCUGAGGGAUGUGGCAGCCAAGGGUAGCUGUGCCUGCUGGUGCCCCUUGGGCCGGAAGAUCCACAUGGAUGAGACAGGCAUGACUAUUCUCCGGAUUCUGUCUCAGAGGAGCAAUGACGAAGUGGCCCGAGAGUUUGUGAAGCUCAAAUCGGAGUCUCGUUCCAUGGAGGAGGGGAGCUGAGCACCUAGGCUCCUGUGCCAACUGGAUGGCACCUGUUCCACAAGUCAGGGCCGGUAGGAGUUACUAUGUAGUCAGCUUAGGGUUCCUCAGAGUCAAGAGGCUGACUCCUUAAGUUAAGGAAAUAGAAGGAAAAACUAGAGGUGGUGAGAGCAUGGCAUUUCCUAGAAAGGGUCAUGAACCCCUCACUCAUAGGUCUGUGGUGCUCAGAACUGGACUGUGGGGAUUACCGCAUAGGGAGUCUUUCAUAAAGAGAAAGAAACAGACAUUUCUGAGAGUUUCAGCUGUUUUUGGUAGAGACCCUUUCACCCCACACCACUUCUCCACCCCCUCCAUAGCACACCUUAUCUAGUUAGACCCAUACAUACGAAUCAUUAGAAGAACGAGUUUAGAGGGCCUGGAGCUUGUACUUAACUAGGUAAGUAAUCAGUUGAGUCUACAGGUAUUGCAGAGCCCUGUGGUUUGGACUGGAGUAUGAUUAGGGCAGAGCACACGGAGUACAAUUCAGACUGUCCCUUGAGCAGAAUCCACUGAUUUAGAGUGACUCAAGUGAGUACAAGGCAUUGAAACUGAACGAAAUACCCUUCAGAAGUGAGCUGUGCUAAUCCCUUCCCCCAGAUUAUCUGUCAUGAGUAGAACCAGGUUCACAUGGUGCUUCAGAGCCCUGAGCAGAAUUUCUUUGGAACUCAAGCACCAGGGGCACUUGCCCAGGAGUCCCCCUACCUCAUUCCUUUAGGAAGGGGAGUGAUGCUUCAGGACACAAGAGACUCUUCUUAAGUGUAUGCACCUGAAGCUAAGUGAAGGCUCCAGGAGAGAGGGCUGUAUUUUCUGUGUGGAUAAGCCCUGCAAAGCCAAAAACUGUGGAAAUCAGCCUAGAAAGUCCUCACUUACGGCCCCUGCCUUCUGGUGGUGUUCCCCUUUGCAGAAGGAAUCUAGCUUUUGUCCUCAUUCCCUUUCAUCUAGGUCAGCUGCUGUUCCCCUCAUAGAUGUUCAAUCCUACAGAAGGAAUUUGGAUUAUGAUCCCUCUGUACAGACUGGAUGGAGUGGGGGUGGGCCUCAACACUCCCUGUGAGGUCAGAGACAAACUCUUUACAGGGGGCCAUGUGGACUUUCCCGGCCCUUGCUCAGAGAUGUGACAUGGCCCUUCACUUUCUCAGUAGCAGCCUCCUGGGCUUCCUGAGGGCUCAGCAUUGUCCAUUGGCCAUUACAUGAAACAAGAAACUAAGCAUCUUUGCUGUUUUUAAUUAUUGUAUGUGCCAUUGUUACAGGAAAUUAUUGGUUAGUCUGUAAUAAAUUAUCUUAUAUCAGCC